UCUUUUAGUGUAAAAAUCCGUUUUGGAAAAGCCAUUUGAUAGUCUUCCUUACGAAGAAAAACUUAAGAGUUAAACAGGAGGGCAGAUCAACUGCUCAGAUUAAUUUGGUGUAAAAGUGGAAAAGUAACAGGUAUUUUCAGCUGUUCUGGUAUGAUAAAGUGAGCUGACUGACUGAAAGUGCUGUAACAAAUAAAAUGUGGCCAUUCUUCUUGAUGAAACUAUCUCAGGACAUAAAUGAACAGGGGCCAGUAGUAAGUAUUGUGUUAUCAUUAAAAAUAAUUAAAAUAAUUUUAAUGAAUAAAAGGAUUAUUUAAGGAAAUUAAAACUGCCCAAAAAGGAAAUACAUUUACCUGCAUUUUUUCCUUUACCAACUUUAAAGAUUUUGCGUAAUGUUUUUUUUUUUACUGAUCAUUUUAUGUUUAUUCAUGUCAUAGCGUCUUUUUUAUGUAAUUGUUCAAUGUAAAGAAUGGGUACCUUUUUGUUGUGUAGUGAAAACUUGAAAAUAAUGCCUUUUGUUUACAAAAAAAAAUCUCAGGGAGAGUAGAAUUUACGUAUAAAUAAAACUACAUAUGUUAAGAUGUAGGCUGAAAUUGAGCUUCCCCUCCUUGAAAGACCAGCAUCCGCUACUGUUUUGCAACAAAAUAUUAAGUUAUGGGUGCCAUCAUUUCUGUCCAGGCCUGUUUUAUGAUUUUUUUUAUAUAUAUAUAUAUGCCCAGGAUCACUCUGAAGGAGCUGCAGAGAUCCACAGCUCAGGUGGGAUAAUCUGUCCACAGGAGAACUAAUUCUGGCUUAUAUUCAUAACCUAACACCGCACAUCACCAUCCCCACUGUGAAACCUGGUGGUGGCAGCAUCAUGCUGUGGGGAUGCUUUUCUUUAACAGGGACAGGGAAGCUGGUCAGAGUUUAUAGGAAGAUGGAUGGAGCUACCAGGCAGUCCUGAGAUAAAGAAAACCUGUUGGAGGCUGCAGAGGACUGGGAAGGAGAUUUACCUUACAGCAAGACAAUUACCCCAAACAUACAGCCAGAGCUACAGUGGAAUGGUUUAGAAUGGAUUAGAAUGACCCUGUCAAAGUUCUGACCUAAAUCCCAUUAAAUAUCUGUUGCAAGACAUUAAAAUUGCUGUUUACAGAAGCUCGUAGAGAUAUAUUUAACUUUGAGAGAUGGAGGGGGGUGCUGUGUGUGUGUGUGUGUGUCUCUCUCUCUCUGCGUGUGUGUGUGUGUGUGUGUGUGUGUGUGUGUGUGUUAUAAGAUGCAGGAAAGGAUGAUCUGAGGUCAUCUUUGAAUAUAAAAGUCACAUAACAGUGUAUUACAGCUCAGAGCUAAUUUUCUUUAUAAAGAAGGGUCAAAGGGAAAUAGAUUUUUAUUGGAUUUUGUAAAAAAAUAUUUUCUUUCACCUACACAGAUGGCUUUGAAGAAAUUGUACAUUAAGUUCUAACAUUUUUAACAUCUAUUUGUUUGUGAGAUUAAUUGUUUUGUGGUUUCAUUAAAUUACAUAUUGUAUGUAUUUGCUUUAUACUCUGUUAUAUCUUGUAUUUAUUUAUUUGUUUCUGUAAGCAGUAAAUGGCAGACACCAAUGAAAGCUCUGUGGAUGCUUAUGUUUAUCAGAAUGUGGUCAAAGGAGAACUGAAUUGGAUAGCUUUUAUAAGGAUGUCAGUAUUAAUUGUGGUAACUCUGUUUGCUGUGUAUGUAAACUGUGUUAUUCUCUAUGUUCUUAACAGUAAGCCUGUGUUUAAAGAAUCAUCUCGUUACAUUCUCUUUGCUCACAUGCUGUUUAAUGACUGUGUUCAUCUUAUUUUCUCUUUUUUAUUGUUUGUCUUUGCCACGCUCUUCCUCAAGCUGGCUGUAGUUGUCUGUCCCAUAUUCCUGUAUUUGGGUUCUACAACAUUUUACAAUACACCAUUAAACCUGGCUGUGAUGUCUCUGGAGCGCUAUGUGGCUAUAUGUUUUCCUCUACGACACACUGAAAUAGCCACUCAGAAAAGGACUUGCAUUGCCAUUGGUUUUGUGUGGUUACUUGGCUCUAUAAAUAUUUUCAUUGAUUUUAUUACAACAGCAAUUUUGGACCCCAAGUUCUUCUAUGUUGAAGUGUUUUGCUCUCGUGAACAGCUGUUCUACAGACUCUGGCAGACUGAGGUGUUCAGUGUAUUUAUUGGGGUUUACUUUGUGUCCGUGACCCUGAUCAUCAUCUUCACUUACAUCAGCAUUAUGAUCACAGCCAGGUCUGUGUCCUCCAACAAAGACUCUGCUAAGAAAGCCCACAGGACCGUGCUGCUGCACUUCGUUCAGCUGGGCCUGUGCACAAUGUCUUUUCUAUAUAACACCAUAGACAGAGCACUUUAUACUGUGGCUGGUAAUGAUGCCAAUUUAUUUUUAAACAUGCAAUAUCCGGUCUUUCUCUUCCUCCUGAUCGUGCCUCGCUGUCUGAGUCCUGUCAUAUAUGGGCUGAGAGAUGAUGCUAUUCGGCCCUUAUUCAGAUAUUAUUUAUGCUCUUGCUCUAGAAAAGUCCGCACCACUGUAAAUGUACAGUGAAUGUGUAAUAUUUCUGGUAAUAUUACAGAUUUUUUAGAUCACAUGCUUUGACUGUUUUACAGUUUUCUGUACAGCUCACUGGGGCUGUGGCACCAACUAUGUGUCUUUAUGUUUGACUGGCUGAAACCAACAGUAGUGUGACCUAUGUGUUAACAAUAUAAAUCAAUAAAAUAUUUUUUAACUUAAAUUGAAAGUAUUUAAAGAUUUAGUUUAAUCACAACAGCUUUGCAAUUUUGUCUGUAAAAUUAUGGCUUGAAGCUUUUUGGAAUGCAUUUUGUAUACAAUCUCUGUUUAAAGAGGAGUUAUUUAAUCUACAUAACUAUUAUUACUGUUAA